AUGAAGUCCUAUGAGUGUCAUCUGAUGAAGAUCAUCAAAGGGAGAACAUACGUUUCGCUGUUGCCUUGUUACGUGCCAAAAACAAGAUGCUCUUCUUACAUCAUUGGGCUCAUUCGGAGCAGUAUCGACAACAUCAUCAACCUCAUCCUGAGCCUCUUCCUCUCAAAGAAGAAACCUGCCAUCACCCUAGAGGACCCCAACAUCAAAUAUGCAUUAAAGCUGAUAGAUAAAGAGAUCAUCAGUCAUGACACAAGGAAAUUCCGUUUUGCCCUGCGGGAGAAUGAUCAUGUCCUUGGGCUACCCAUUGGGCAACACAUAUACCUGUCUGCCAAGCCAGAUGGAGUCCUGGUGGUCAGACCGUACACACCUGUGUCUAGUGACGACGACGUAGGCUUUGUAGACCUGGUAGUCAAGAUUUACUACAAGAAUGUUAAUCCAAAAUUUCCUGAAGGUGGGAAGAUGAGUCAGUACUUGGAGAGCCUCCGGAUUGGCGACACAAUUGAUUUCAGAGGGCCCAGCGGCCUGCUGGUCUACCAAGGAAACGGGGCUUUUGCCAUCAAGGCAGAAAAAAAGGCGGAGCCUGUGAUCAAAACCUCCAAGAAAGUGGGCAUGAUCGCAGGAGGGACUGGAAUCACUCCCAUGCUGCAGAUCAUCACAGCUAUAAUGAAGGAUCCCCAAGACCAGACUGUGUGUCAGCUGCUCUUCGCCAACCAGACUGAGAAAGACAUCUUGCUUCGACCGGAGUUGGAGGAGAUCGCAGCUAAUCACCCAACCCGGUUCAAGCUAUGGUUCACCCAGGACAGAGCUCCUGAGGAGUGGGAGUACAGCCAAGGCUUCAUCAGUGAAGACAAGGUGAGGGACCACCUUCCACCCCCUGGAGACGACACUCUCAUCCUCCUGUGCGGACCGCCUCCCAUGAUCCAGUUUGCCUGUAACCCCAACCUGGACAAAGUGGGCCAUGCCAGCAGCCGGAGGUUCACCUUUUAGAAGCCACCCCGGGGAGGGGUUCCCCAGGGCUCAAUGGUCAGCCACACCCAACAUUUAUAAAAACCUGCUUGAUCAUCUAUUGAAAUCAUUUUGUACAUCCUACAGCAGAAUUAGUGUGGACCAUUUUCUGUAAUUUGUUGUGCCUCAAUUUCUAAAACAGAAUCCUGAAAUGAGUGGUGUCCAAAGCAUU